UUUGCUGCUCCUCCUCCUUUUUUCAACGGUCCCGGCUGUGCGUCUGGCUGGGCCUGUCAUGGAGCUCUCGGUCGCCUGGCACACGCUUAGCACCGGCCUAGUGCCGCCCGCUGCCCUCGGUCUGGCAGUGCCUCGAUCCAGCUUGGCAAGCCUGCCAAAGGAUUCUGACUUGCAGGUUGCCAUAGAGGUAUUGCAGCGGUAUGACUUGCACUCAGUUGUGGAGGAAUGGUUUUUGGAAGUUCUACAAACUGACCUUCAAGCAAACGUUGCUCCAGAGUUCUGGAACUGUAUUGCACAGUAUGAAAACACUGCUGAAGAACCACAGUGCUCCCUGCUGCUCUUGGAUGCCUUUUGCCUGUUGAAGUGCCGCCUGGACCCUUAUCUGCACAGCAUGGAUCUUCUGGAGAAAUGGACCAAAGCAGGCUUGCUCCUUGGGACUGGCUCUCAAGGGCUGCAGGAGAAAAUCUACACCAUGUUCAGAGCCAUCCUCUUCUUCUCCACCACAAAGAAUUUCCAAGAGAUGAUACAGCAGUUUUACAGCCGCAGUUUCAAGAUCUACAUGAGGCAGUGGAAGAGAAGUGAAGACAAGGCUAAUGAGGGAGAAAACAGCAUGAGUGACAAUGAGCAAGAGAGUGAAGUGGAGGAUGGUGAACCCGGAGGAGGGGGCCUGCAGUGUGCAGGCUGCAACUAUAAGAGGGCCCAGUGUUGGUGCCCGACAGCCAUGAAACAGUUUCAGCAGCUCAAUGACAUCCUUCGCAGGCUCAACCUGCUGGAGCGGGUGAGUGCUGAUGCCGUCACCAACAUUCUGCACAGGAUGAUUGAGGAGCGGAUGGAGUGGAGAUGCCGGGGGGAAUAUGAACGCUCUUUUCUGAAUGAGUUCCAGGAGUGGAUUGAGAAGGUUCUUGGCUGGCUUAGCAGAGUGUUUCUGCAAGGAGGGGUGGCAACCCAUCCCAACCCUGAAGCCAACAGCACUCUGAAGCGCUGGCGGUGCCAUGUCCAGAGAUUCUUCUACCGCCUAUAUGCUAGCAUGCGCAUUGAAGAACUGUUCAGCAUCAUCCGAGAUUUCCCAGAGUCGAAGCCAGCGGUAGAUGAUCUGAAGUACUGCCUAGAAAGGACCAAUCAACGUCAGCAGCUUCUGAGCUCCCUGAAGAGUGCCUUAGAAAUGCGGCUUCUUCAUCCUGGGGUGAACACAUCAGAUAUCAUUACCCUGUACAUCUCAGCCAUCAAAGCUCUGCGAGAGUUGGAUCCUUCCAUGGUCAUCUUGGAGGUGGCCUGUGAGCCCAUCAGGAAGUACUUGAGAACCAGAGAGGAUACAGUGCGGCAGAUUGUGGCUGGUCUAACAGGCGAUGCUGAAGGAUCUGGUGACUUAGCAAAUGAGCUCUCCAAAGCUGAUCCAGUGACAUUGGAGAAUGGCCAAGAGAGCGAUGAUGAUGUCUCUCAGCCAGAAGACUGGGUGCCUGAUCCCGUUGACGCUGACCCAGGGAAAUCAAAUUCGAAGCGCCGCUCCUCAGAUAUCAUCAGUCUGCUGGUGAGCAUCUAUGGCAGCAAGGACCUGUUCAUCAACGAGUAUCGCACGCUCCUGGCUGACCGACUGCUACACCAGUUCAAUUACAGUGCAGAGAGAGAAAUUCGGAAUGUAGAACUGCUGAAGCUGCGUUUUGGGGAAGCCCAAAUGCAUUACUGCGAAGUCAUGUUAAAAGACAUGGCAGACUCUCGCCGUAUUAACACUAAUAUUCGUGAUGAGGAGCAGAAACUUCCAGAAGAAGAAAGGCCCCCAUUUAGUCUUGUUGCUGUGAUCUUAUCCAGUGAGUUCUGGCCACCGCUGAAGGAAGAGAAGCUGGAGCUGCCUGAGCAAAUCAAAGAGGCCAUGGAGGCCUACUCCAAGAAAUAUGAGAAACUGAAGGCCAUGAGGACACUGAACUGGAAGCACCAUCUGGGCUUAGUGAAACUGGAUGUGGAGUUGGCGGACCGCACCCUUUCCCUCUCCGUCUCACCUGUGCAUGCAGCGAUCAUCUUGUACUUCCAAAACAAGAGCACAUGGACUUUGGACGAGUUGAGUGAGGUGCUGAAGGUGCCUGUGACAUCCCUCCGGCGCAAGAUGACCCUGUGGCUGCAGCAGGGUGUGCUGCGGGAAGAACCUCCAGGCACAUUCACUGUGAUUGAAGAGGAGCAGAAGGACCGGGCGGAGAAAGUGGUACUGAUUGACAGCGAUGAAGAAGGCGAUUCAGCCAUGGCCUCACAAGCUGACCAGAAAGAGGAGGAGUUGCAGCUUUUCUGGACGUACAUCCAGGCGAUGCUGACCAAUCUGGAGAGUCUAUCACUGGAGCGCAUCCACAGCAUGCUCAAGAUCUUUGUGAUGACAGGCCCCAUGGUGACAGAGAUUGACAUCCAGGAGCUACAGGGUUUCCUCCAGAAGAAGGUGCGAGACCAGCAGCUCAUCUACUCUGGCGGCGUCUACCGUCUGCCCAAGAGCUGCAACUGAGCAUUAUUCCAGACUCCAGUUCCUUUUGCAUUAUGGUUGACUGCAAUGACCUCCCAUCCCCAGAGGGUGCAGUGUGGUUCUCAUCUAUGUGUGGUGUCAUCAGAGGCUUUGUUUUUUUCUGGCACUGGCCUUUGUACUGCCCCAUUCUGUGAGGCUGGAAAAGAAAUCUGCUGGGCACUGAUACAGGGAUUGUGCAGGACCCUGUGAAAUCCCUCCCAAGCAAGGCAGGGUUUGGGACUUGGAGAAAGCCCUCUUUUGACCCAUCUCCCUUGUUCAUAAUAAAAUGGAAAUGGCUGCGCUUGUAUGGAUUAUGUUGCAAUUUCUUACUCAGUUGUAUUGGACAGAUGGCCAGCCUGGCCUUCACCUUGCUUGUUCCAAAUUUGUCACCUGACUCAGGAUAUUUUGCUGCUGUCACCAUUUCUGCUGCUGCUGUAAUUAUUUUGAUUCUUGUGUGUGAUAUUACAGGAACAGGGUGGCUGGGAGUAGUCCACCACUCAUAGCAAACAACAAAGCAAAGUAUGCAGUCAGUGGUUGUAUGGGGGGUAGGGGGGAAGCAGAUCCAUCUGUUCCAUUGGAGAGGUGAAAAUAGACCAGUUGAGGACAGCAUUAUUCUCUUCACCUCUGCCAGUCCUUCCUAAAAUAUUGUACAGUUGGGUAGCCUGUUGCGGCAAGACAGUUUUCUGUUGUGUAAGUGGAUUUCUCUUGUUCACAGGUUCUAUUCAUAAUAAAACAGGAGUCCUGUUUAAGAUACACCCUUUUCACA